UAUCAGUUGCUAUUGAGUAACUCAAAAAUGGUCGGAAUCAACUGUCUAAUUGUGAUUGGUACAAUAUGGACCCUGACAUUGGCAGAUCCAGAUCCAAUUCUUCACUGUUUGCUGUGCAGAAAUGUAAAGAAUGGCAUGGAUCCUUGUGUUUAUCUAAGUGAAUGUUCCAGUGAGUGUUACGUGUCGACAACAACUUCGACGGACGGCUCAGUGGUUAGGAAUUUUGGAUGCGCCCCAAGACAAGAUUGUAUGCUGCCGCCCUCUGCUGUGGGAAGAAGACAAGCGACAACCCAAACAACACGGACCACAUUCUGUAAAAAGGAACUAUGUAACUCAGAUUUAAGCCGCUUCCAGGAACCCAGCACAGAUCCGUGUGUGGAUGCUACACCCACGGAGUGUCACGAUCAUUCCAAGCUCUCAGUCCUUUGUAGUGACUGCGAAUAUGCUCAGUACUGCAGGAAAUCAUGCGGAAUCUGCCAAAAUAAUGCACACAAUGGCGUGUGGUACGAGAAUGUCGUCCUGUUUGAUUAUGACCCAGUCCACAGGACUUGUCGACACAGUUCUUCAGUUGACCCUACCAUCUGCCGAAGCAUCACACAAAGUAACCAUAAAAUAGUACCAGUGAUGGAAAAUAACACGACCCUGAAUCACGCGCACGCCAAACACGACUACCUAAUCCUACCCUACCACGACAGUUAUAUCAAUCUCAACUUCCGGACAAAUGGAGAACCUCUCACGAGUAUUCAGCUCAGUGCAUGUCAAACAACUGGACAUGGGCGAGUCGACAUCUUGCUGAAUAACAACGCGAUUAAGCAAUCAUACACGGGGACAGAUGUAUGGAAUCUGAGAUGGCAAAUCCACAAGCUGAAUACAUUCAAUUUAAAUAAUACAAGUACCUUCGACUUGAAAAUCCAAAAAGACAGCGUUACUCACAGCUAUGGUCAUUACUGGAUAAGCCGUAUCAGAGUUGAGAGCAUCGUUGCACAUCAUAUUCAUUAAUUUCAAUAAAAUUUUAUGAAAACUUCAUAACAGG